GCAGUAAUUCUAGCAGUGGGCAUCACUGGCAUGGUGGGCAACUUCCUGGUCAUCUACGCAUUUUGCAGAAGCAAGAGUCUGCAGAGUCCAUCCAAUACUUUCAUUAUCAAUCUGGCCAUCAGUGAUUUCCUUAUGUCAGUCACACAGGCUCCAAUCUUCUUCACAACAAGUCUGCACAAACGCUGGAUUUUUGGCGAGAAAGGCUGUGAGCUGUACGCUUUCUGUGGGGCUCUGUUUGGAAUCACCUCGAUGAUCACACUGGUCGUAAUUGCAGUCGACAGAUAUUUAGUGAUCACCCAGCCCUUCGCCUCCAUUGGAAUGCUGUCGAAGAAGAGAGCUAUUUACAUCCUGCUGGGCGUCUGGCUGUAUUCACUGGCCUGGAGCCUCCCUCCCUUCUUUGGAUGGAGUGCCUAUGUGCCUGAAGGAUUGAUGACCUCCUGUACGUGGGACUACACAACAUUCACCCCAUCUGUCCGGGCUUACACCAUGCUUCUCUUCUGCUUUGUCUUCUUCAUUCCUUUGGGCAUCAUCAUCUACUGCUACGUUUUCAUUUUCCGGGCUAUUCUAGCCACCAACAGGGAUGUCGAGAAAAUUGGAAGAAACGCCAACAAGGAAUCCCGGAGACGGUUUCAGAGAAUGAAGAAUGAGUGGAAAAUGGCCAAAAUUGCUUUGAUAGUCAUCCUCCUUUAUGUCAUCUCCUGGUCCCCAUAUUCCAUUGUAGCCCUCACUGCGUUUGCUGGGUAUGCCAGUGUCCUCACACCCUACAUGAACUCUGUUCCAGCUGUGAUUGCUAAAGCCUCAGCCAUUCACAAUCCAAUCAUCUAUGCUAUCACUCAUCCCAAGUACAGAGCUGCCAUUGUGAAAUACAUUCCUUUCCUUAGAUGUUUACUGCGAUUGUCUCAUAAGGAUUACAAGUUAACAAGCAGCUACUUUUCCACCAGGCAAUCCACCAUGACCAGCCAAACCUCUAACUCAAGCGGAUAUCUUCGCCCCAAGAGUCGCAUGUCUGCUUCUGACAGUGAGUUGGGCUGGACUGACAAUGAGGUUGAUAUUUCCAUUAUAAAUUCAAGUUCUGUCAGUAGAACGGUUUCCUGUGAAUUCAGCAAAGAUACAACUGAGCAAAGUGACACCACGGGGAAAUCGAAAUUGAAGAACAAUGACUCGGGCAUCUUUGAGAAGACAUCAGCCAAUGUGACAAAUAUCUCAAUGAUUGAAGUGAGUCCUAGGGAUGAUGAGCGAUUUGCUCCCAAGGAGGCUGGAAAUCUGGAUGAUGUCAGACUGAAGAAGGUCGAUGUUGCUUUGAUGCAAGCUGCCCGGACCCCCAGCAUCAUCAUCCAUCACAAUAGCAACCCUGGCAAUAGCCAGUCUUCAGAUGCCAGCUUCAGUGCCAUGUAUGAAACGAGCAUUCUUGGGAACCAGCAAUCCACACUCCCAAGCCAGUGA